AUGAACGUGAGUCACUUUCGCGUGCCCCAAAGCAGCGCAGGGCUCGGCAGCGAAUCGAAAGCAACCAGUCAAACGAUACGCGGUAUGAAUCAACAACCGCAACAAAAAAACAACAACAACCACGCAAAGAUCGAAGUGCCGAGUGAAUCAAAUCGGCAGAGACCGACGUUGCGGAGGAAUCACAACACAAACCUCCACAUCGAAAGAAAUCAGAUCGAAGAAGAACCAACGGAAGAUGACGUCAUAACUAGCGAGGUUCAUAGUACGGAGAUCGAAAGCAGUCAACCACGGUCGGCAAAACUGAAAGCGAAAAAGGCUAUUCAGGAAAUCUCGAAAAGAAGAGAAGAAUCCACCACAUAUUUACUCCCUAUACUAUUCACGCACAUCAAUGCGUUGAUGGUCACCAUGAUUACUGCUAUAUUUCUAGCGCCAUCAGUGAAUGCCUUGCCGAACAUCUCAUGCCAAGGUAAUGCUCUUCGAGUAACCCCACCAAACGGCACUUUUCAGCUCUGUAUACGGUCAACUUGCAAAUAUUUCGCCAACGACUCGCCAAAUCUCACGUUCCAGCUGCCAGCAACAGCAAGAAAUGAAGUAAUAGCUGUAUCAAUGCGACAUUUUGAUGGCGACAAAUAUACAGAGUUGCAAGAGAACUGCGGUCUACCUAAUGUAUGUGACGUAUCACAAACCUUCAUGUCCAGACAUCUGGUUGGUAACCCUCAUUGUUGGCCAACAGGGGCGAUUAUAUCCGUAGGGAUGCUCCUUUACCUGAUCAUAUCUGCAAUCGCGCUCACCGUAAAAUUCAUGCUGUCGCGCGAAGGUUCCCCAUCUGGCACAGUGGACACGUCAUCUGACGCAGGCAAAGACAACAAAAGUUCGCAGCCUACAGCUGCCACUCGUAGGAGCGAUCAAAUGAUAAACAUCCACCUCCAGUCGUUCCGGCCGCUACCGCUUUCUCGCACUAGCGUCAGCACUGCGAUUGUGAUGAUUGUUUGCGCCGCACUACUGCAUGAAGUGGAAACAUGUCAACUUGGGUUUACCAGGCACAAUGCAGAGGUCACGUGUACAUCUCAAAACGCCUGCGCAAUCAAAUUUCGCCGAGAGAUUUUGUUUGACGAGAUUCACAAUAUGGCAUGCGUUGAUAUCUUACACGCAAAUAAAUCAGUAGGUGUCCUUCGCAUAGAAAAAUUGCCAUUGGAACUGGAAUGUGCAAAACGUACUCAGUUCUACACACGUGACACCGAGCACAGAGUAUACAGCGCUACUCGAUGUGCACGAAUGGGUUCUUGUAAGCAAGACGCAUGCUCUCUGAUCAAGCCCGAUAGCAUGAUCCAAGAAUUUGUGAAUGCCUCUCACUACCCUGGGUACACAGGUUGUGAGCCUUCAUGUGGAGGAUUUAUAUGCGGAUGCUUAUUACCGCUUCCGUCGUGUUCGUUUUAUCGAAUAGCCCACGUGCCCAAAACCAGCCAUAUCUACGAAAUUGCUACGUGCAUGGAAUGGAAGCCUCUGAUACGAGUUAAAGUUCAACUCAACCUUCAUGACAUGGCCGUUAACAAAAGGGUAACCCUCCGACCUUACGUUACCGAGAAAGUUGGUGAUACCUCAUUCACCGUGAUAUCCUUGUCGGCGCCGUCAAGCCCGCUAUUGAAAAGCAGAUUCGCAAUAUCUGAGCAUGAAGGCCUGAUUGUUCCAGAGGCUGAUACCAUGCCUGUCGAAUGUAAGACAUUGAAAGAGGCCAAUGACGAUUUCCACCGCUGUCAGAGCAAAGUGGUUUGCCAGUGUGACGCAGAUCCAGCUCCCGCACGGUGCUACUGUUCACACAGCACCAUCAGCUCUAUUAGGAGCGUUAUUUCGAACGUCCUUCCAGUGUCAAGCCCAUUCCUGGAAGUGGUGAAAAGGAAGACGUCAAUAAUCGCUUACUCUCGAAGAGGAGAAAUGACAUUGGUGAUAGAAUCAAAGUACAUGAAAGACAGCGCAGAGUACAUCAUCAAACAGGACUGUAACAUCACCUUGACAAAACUAACGGGGUGCUAUAACUGUCAAGAAGGCGCCAACCUAAUUGCCUUUUGCACAACAGCAACACACACAUGGAGUAUCAUUCAAUGCGAGACCCAUGUUUUCGCCAUCGAAUGUGACUCGUCUGGAAGAGAAAACACACUUCUUUUGGACUUCCAGCAAGCGAUUAUAAAGCAAAGCUGCUUCGCAGAAUGCAACAAUCGCACUGCCCAUAUGAUCCUGGAAGGUUCUCUCGAAUACCUUCCACACAUGAGUGAUGAAGACAUUUUCGUUUCUCACAUAACGACAUGGAAUACAACCAAAUGGUUUCGAGAUUGGCAAAUGAUUGACUUUGGCCCGAUGCUGAGGAUGAUAAAAAACCACUGGAAAGCAUCCCUAGUCACCAUUGGAGCAGUAGCUACGUUUUGUACGCCUCAUGAGAACGGCCGAUUCGCACUUUUCAUUUCUGCCCUUGACGCUGCAAAUAUGGAUGAAGUCGAUGUCGCCAUACACAUAGAGCCGCUACGAGACGCUCUCAAAGAGCUGAAGGAGCAGCUCACUAUGUUUGUGAUGUCAGUCGAUGCGAAGAUGGAAGCUUUGGUAGACCUAGUCAACCGUCACAACAACGUCGUCAACCAAAAACUGGAUUUGAUCAUGGAAAGGACAAAGCCGCACUCAAGUUGCGUUUUCUGUUCCAUUGAAGACAAUCGCGACAAUCACCCAACAGGACGCUGUUGUCGUUUCCCGGACGCGGUCUCUCGCGCAAUCCAAGUGACCAACUUGCGUUUGUGCAAUCGAUGCUUACAGCCAAAACACAAUGAAGAUUGCGGCAUUCUGUGUACUUUCUGCGGGAAAGAGCACAAUGUACUCAUCUGUCCUGGUAAAGCUUCCCUUGGAACGUCUUCAUAUAAAAGAAGAAAGUUCUGA